AUGCCUUCGCUGAUCCGUUUCUGCAGUGUGGUAGCUGUUGCUGCCGCAGCUGUGCCUCCUGCGCAUACGACUUCCGAGGUCAUCAUCGACACCCUCCUGCCGGUCCCAUAUCCUACUGGAGAGCGCACCAUCGACACACUUCUGCCGGUCCCAUAUCCUACUGGGGAACGUACCAUCGACACACCUCUUCCAGUCCCAUACCCAACUACCAAAGUCAUCGUCGACACUUACCCAGCGCCAAAGUCGACUGGCGAAGUCCGCACUAUCGAUACGCUUCUACCAGUUCCACCACAGUCGACGAAUGAGAUUCGGACCAUCGACACCCUCCUUCCCGUGCCAACCUCCAAGCCCACUUCGCAGGCACCAUACCCAACCGGACCAGCCACGACUCCGGUCCAACAGCCAUCUGGUACCGUAUCCAUGCGCCCAUCAUCCACCCGUCCAGUCGUUUAUACCGGUGUUGCCGCUGGCAAUACUGGCAAGGGAGCAGGUGUAGCCGCUCUCAUGGCUGUAGCUGGUUUUGCUGCCAUGGUGUAG